AUGGAAGACGUAACGCUAUUUCACGUGAAAUGGCGUAAACCAAUUGAUGACGAAACUCGGCAAAUAUCAUACAAAACCACGGAGACGCAGACAACGGAGACGAAUAAAAAAGACGUCGAGUGUACAGCCGAUUUUCAAGUGAACAAAGAGAUUCAAACGGAUUCGAUGGAGGACAUGGGACAAGGAGAAGGGCGGAAGGAUGUGAGGAUAAGUAAGGAGGUCCUAAAUCAUAUCUAUGACUUCAUUCGAGACGAUUCAAAGGUCAAUUAUGACCGCUUGUUAGAAUUCCACAAAUUUGACAAAGUCUCGUUGGAAACUGUACAGAAAUAUCAUGUCGAGACUCGAAACGAGAAUAUCAUAUUGAUGAUAUCGAAUUCCGCACGAAAAACGCUCAUCCUGUUUGGCGGCUUGUCACAUGAAACGUUUUGCUCACAUCAGGCACGGGCUCUGCUCUGCUCGUCGGCUGUGUCCACCUCCUUACCCCUUCCCGUCUGCGCGAUUUCUGCAGUGUUUUACUCAUCGACCCAAUUUCUUCUUGGUGACAUUUCUGGCAAUAUCUCAAUGUGCACAAUGGAUAAAGUGCUUUUUCAGGCAAAGGUCACCGAUGGCGCAGUGACGUCCCUCGAGCUCUCCCGACAUGGUUUGCUAUCAGGAUCUGACGACGGAAACAUAAUUUUAUGGAAAAUUGAAAAUGCGGGGCUGGAAAAGAUCUCAGGAGUACGGUUGACAGUUUCAGACCUGUCGAGAAAGAUCCGAAAAUCGAGUACUUCCAAUAAACCGGUAGCAGUUGUUAGUAUGCAGAUAAGCGGUGACGAAGUGUGUGUGGCCACUGAAACCGGUGGUCUCUACCUACUCACUCUGCCUACUUUGGACUCGAAACCACUCAGUCAAACGGCUACUUCAAUCAAUAAAAUAUUAUUUGAGACUCCGUUUAUUGCAGUCGUAUAUCAUACAAGUAAUGCGGCGGUUUUCAAUACGGAAGGCCUGGUCGAUGAAAUUCCGUUUGUUGCAGCGUUGGCUGUUAGAUGCGGUCCCUACUUCAUCUUCUCCAAUCACACACGUCUAGUCAUCUGGUCUAUCAAUACCAAAUCUACAGUAAUCGACGAGACGUUGCCAUGCCACUCGAUAUGCUCACUAUCGAAUGACACCCUGCAGGUGUUGGAUGCGGAUUUUAAUUUGGUCUCCAAUUUUUUGAAUGAUAAAGUAUAA